AUGCGCCCUACAUCGCCAGCUCGUUUCGCUCCCCCUUUACGGGCUCCUACCGUCUGCCCUCGACCACUGUUCCUCCGCGCCGCAACAGCAGUGAGGACAAGUACGACAAAAGCGCAGCAUGCUUCUCGAUUGUUUUCCUGUCAGACCGCACGCUCGGGUCUCGUACAAAACUCGGGAGCGAAGCCAAAGAUGCCCUACGUCGCCUUCAGUUUCGAGCAUCUUGGAAUCAGCAACAAAUGGAACAAGUACAUUAUGGUCUUCUUCAUCACCAUGGGCACUAUCGAGACCUAUCUUUGGUACAAAUACCUUCCUGCUUGGUGGGAGGCUCACAGCAACACUGCCACUGAAUUUGAGAAGCAACGUGACGGUCCUCAGUCCCACACCGCCAACUGA